AUGGUGCAUCCGGACAAUAUUGCCGGGGAAGAGUCCAAUAAUGAAAGUAGUAGAAGGAAAGCCUUUGUUGUGUUGAGUUGCGAGAGGGGUGGGAAGAUUGAUGGAUUGUUGUGUAUUAGCGUCAUAUGUGGAAUUCAUAAUUAUGCAUUGGAAACUAAUAUACACGGGCAUCCAAGUGCGUGUCGGUUGUCUUGCGAAGAGAAGGAUGUUGUUUCUGAAUUAUCGACAAUCAAAGUUGCACCGAGAAACAUACUUGCAGAUUUGAAGAAAAAACCGGAUAGUGUUUCAAAUAUCAAGCAAGUAUACAAUGAACGGUACAAUCUUAAAGUCAUGAAAAUGGGGCCGAGGUCGGAAAUGCGACACCUUUUGAAACUUUUGGGUGAUAACCAAUACGUUUCAAGCUUCAGAACUUGUGAGGACAAAGUUACGGUGCGUGACAUAUUUUGGACUCAUCCUGAUGAUCUACAAUGA